UAAUUUUGUGGUGAAAUGUUGAAUUGGGCUCCUGGAUUUGGCACAGCCUUCUCCUCCACCCCUGCAACCACGGCGAAUACAGGCUUUAGCUUUGGUUCAACACCAGCCUUCGGGGCGUCUCAAACGCCCGCAUUUGGCGCGACAGCCCAACCAACGCCCGCCUUUGGUGCCACCGCCCAGAAUCUCUCGUUUGGCGCAACCGCCCAAACUCCUGGUUUCGGAGCCGCCCAACCUACAGGCUUUGGAGCUGCAGCCCAAACGUCCGCUUUUGGGGCCACCGGCCAAACACCGGCCUUCGGGGCCUCUGCUCAGACGCCCGCUUUCGGGAGUACGUCUCAAACGCCUGCUUUUGGCGCCACUGCUGCUCCGGCUUUUGGAGCAACUUCUCAAACAUCUGGGUUCGGUUCCUCGUUCGGAGCUAGUGCAACGCCCGCUUUUGGAAGUACCUUUGGUGCUCCUGCCACUUCAGCCCCCGCUUUUGGGUCCACGUUUGGCGCCACUGCUACGUCCACUCCUUCUUUUGGAUUUGGUACCUCGACAAGCACUGCGUCAGGUGGAUUGUUUGCUGCCACUGCUAGUAAGCCUAGUUUGUUUGGAGCGCCCGCCUCGUCUGCCCCUAGUUUGUUUUCCACACCUGGAACAGGUGGAACAGGGCUUUUUGGAACGACAACAACAUCCCAAGCUCCCAGCCUCUUCGCAACUUCAACAACUCCAAGCUUGUUUGGAACAACCACAACACCGUCCCUGUUUGGCACGAAUUUCAACACAGGUUCCACUGGAACAGGAUUGUUUGGAAAUACUACCGCGCCAUCGUCCAAUCUCUUCAGCGGAUUCGGUUCAACAGCAACAUCGACUGGUUUCACUGGAUUUGGAGGUACUACCGGAUUCGGCGCAACAAGCACAGCACCAUCUCUGUUUGGACCUUCAGUUGGGGCACCUUUUGGAGCAAAACCUCAGGAGCAGCAAAAUCAAGAUACCCAUCUUCAACAAGUGUUGGCCUCGUUCUAUGCAGUCAACAUUUUUAACGAUGAAAGAGACGAUAUCAUCAAGAAAUGGAACAUGCUUCAAGCCAGCUGGGGAAAUGGAAAGGGCUACUAUGGACAGAACCAGAACGUUCAGUAUUCAAACGCAAAUCCUCUGUUUCGUUUCAAGGCCGUUGGCUACAACAUAAUUAUUGAUGCUGAUAACUCUGAAGGGAUGGUGAAACUGACCUUCAAUAAGAAGGAAGCAGAGAUAAGAGCUCAAAAAGAUGCCAUUGUUAAUGGAAUAAGUGGAAUCCUGGGAAAUAAACCCAACUUGACAGUUGUGAUAGACGACACAAGAGGUAUGAACGAAAAUCAAACGGAGGUGAGGAUAGUUGUUUCCGAGAAGGGGGUAACUGGAACAAGCAGAAGAAUACCUGCAACAGAUUUAGCAUCGUUUUUGAACCAACCAGCACAGAAGCAACAAUUAACCAAUGUGGGUGUUACGCAUAUUUGUGCUUUUGUCACCCCAAGCAAAUCAGAUUUGGAGGAGUAUUUGAGCAAACCACCCCCAGGAAUCGAUAAUCAGAUGUGGGAAGCUGCUAAAAUCGACAAUCCAAACCCUAAAAAGUACAUGCCUAUUGCAAUUAAUGGAUUCACAGACUUGAAAAAUAGAAUGCACAAUCAAGAGUAUGAAACUGGCCUACACAAAGCCUUCUUACAGAAAGUAGACAAAGAUAUUUCAGAAUUAAGAAAGAAACAUGCUUCAUCUAUUGCACAGAUCACAGAUUUGAAACAGAAAUUUUUACAGUUGCAGCACAGGAUACUCAGGGUUUUGGUGAAACAAGAAUGCACUAGAAAAGUUGGUUUCACUAUUCAACCGGAAGAAGAGCUAUUGAAAGGAAGAUUAGAAACACUUAAUGCCCACUUGAAUACACCAACACAAUUCAAGGGUCAAUUGAUUGAACUGAUGUCAUGCAUCAAAACUGUUGGUAAUAUUGGACGUCAAUACAAUGAACACUACAACAUAGAUCCUCAGGUACAAGAAGACAUUAAACAAUUUCUGCAGAUGGAACAGACUGGGAUUUCACAUCUGAUAAACAUCAUCAACACUGAUUUGCAAGCUUUGAAGAUAAUAUCUGAGGGAAUGAAUCAGUGUUUGAAGGCGAAAGCCCCUAUUCUAUAAAAUUUAUUAAUUUUCUGCAAAAAAUGCAUGAAAAAACAAUAAAUUGUCCUAAUUUUUUAUAAGAUAAGAAAUAUGUAAAAUCUGAUUAUUUAUGAUGUACUUUUUGAGGUUUGAAACAAUAAAAUGAUGUUUUAAUUAAAAUA